AUGCAGGCUCUGGGCUGGAGCAUGCAGCGGGCACGGCCAGCGAGACACCUUGCCUUCCGGAGCUGGGAGACGGAGGAGAGUCCUCUGCCCUCCGUCGGGGAGACAGGAGUCUGCCACGCGUCAGAGAAGUCCCCUCCGCAGGCGGCUGCUGCCGCUUCUCAGGUCAGCUCCGAGCGGCAGUUACGAGCUCCGGGUGGCAGGCAGAGGCCCAGAGGCUGGCGCUCUCGGGGCGCCGCUGGAGUUCUUCGGAACACCCUGUGGGGCCUCCCCGCUGCCCGAUUCCCUGACACGGGCAUCCUGGCUCGGGCCUGCUGUCCGUUCUCCGUCAGCCCCGUCAGUAAGGCCCGCCCGGCUGGCAGGCAGCCCUCUUGGUGGGAUACCGGAAAGAUGGCUCGAGCCCAGCUGCAUUCCAGUGUCCACUGGGCCCAUGGGAAACGCGUGGGUCCCGGUCAGGCCCACGGCGGCCAAUCCCCUCUUGCAUGA